ACAUGUCCACUGUUCCUUAGCGACGUAGGGAAGCCUAAACGGUGCCGCCAGAUCCACAGCGAGGAACCAUAAAACUGCGAAGUGGAAAGCUGGAUCUGUUGAUUUGACGAACGCUACUUUGUAACAACGCCAAGAUGAGCCGGUUGCCAACAGGACCUCGUAGUGUCCACAUCCAGAAGUCUCAGGGUGCGGACACCAACAUUAUGAAGUUCUACAUCACUCAGAACUCUACAACAUAUGGAGCUCGCUAUGAUAAAUUUCAGCCUCGUCAGGGGAGGCACCGAGGGACUGGAUAUCUGAGCAACUUCAGGCCUGGAGUGUAUUACAACAGACGGUUAGAUGAUGUUGAUAACCCUGCAAUGAGGCGUAUCUGUGAUGGCAACUACAGAUCUGUGACACAGCUAGACUUCCAGCCAUACCGUGACCCUUCGGGUCUUGAGGCCUUACCCAACAGUGUUCAUCAAGUUCCCUCUGGCUUCAUCAGGCAGAAGCCUCUGACCAUCCCCAUUGAUAACCAGGUAAAGGGUGUGUUUAUCGACUCGAGAGCGGCCAGUGCACCUGCCAACCUCCUGCCCCGACACAAGCCUCUGCUGCACCACAUCCAGGCUAAGGACCCUGUGGAGCUGGAGAACUGUGGCUAUGGACCUCGCUAUAUGAAGACAGAGACUCAAGAGAGGUUCAAGGGUCAUCCGUGGCCAAGUGUUGAUGUGAGCACCCGAGACGUAGGACCUCAAGAAGUUUCCGGGUUUGUCCACAACAUCAAUGAUGAACCUGUGACCUAUGAGCCCAGAAUGGCACACGGAAAUGAGAAGCCUGGAUGGUACACACACCGACCCACUGGAGUUUCCAUUUUCAAAACCAGCUUUAUUCCAACAGAGUGGUCCAGGGGAGAUGACUCAUUGCCCGGUGGUGUUGCUCAUGGCUCUGACCGAGGCACGGGCUUCACACGAGAGGAGGUCAAACCUAAAUAUGUCAACCUCAAGGCCCCAGAUGCUUAUGACCGUCUCUCCGACAUGCCUGAUCUGAAAGCUGACAGGACUCGGAGGCAGGACCCAGUGGAGUAUCUCAACAUGCAGUUUCCUCACAACAAAACAAGUGUCACUGGGGAACAGUUCAAAGGUCAACAAAGACCUUCGCCUUCUGAACCAGACCGUCUGGAUCGUACCAAGGUGGGCUUCAAGGAAGAAACUGGAUUUGUGGAGAACAACCCUCGCUUUGUGCAGACUGAUGACAACAAGAUGAGGUUCCUCACUCACUACAUGACCAGGUUCGGUACUGACCCGACACCUGUCGGAGUGGACCGAGCUGGUCAUCUAAGAGGUGGCGUUCAGCGCCAGAAACUGGACGGCUUCACCAAGUCAACGGCAGUCAACAAUUACGGAAACGAACCACAAAGUUCUGAUGUCCUGCGGAGGGUAGAGCCGUACGUUGGAAGGAGCAUGAAAGCAAGGAAUGUAUUUUUCGAUGACCACACACAUGAUGCAAAGACGUACACACAGAUGGUGGCAUAAAGUCUCCUGUGGACUCUUACAUUUCUUGUUUCCUUCUAGUUGACAAGUUCUAUAAAGGGAAUGUUAACAGCAUCCAGUGCAGAUCUCAUAGUUUUUGUGACUGAAUGACUGAGAUUGGAUACUUACUAGCACGUGGUAUGUCCUGACAUGGAAGAAAAAGGAGCAAUGUGUGGUGUCGGAGAAAAAAACUUCUUUGCUGAAAGUGAACUGUGCGUCAUGAGAUGAGUUUGGAGAUGAAAAACUAUAGUUGAUGUGUUGUUGCAUAUCAGAGUGUGAUAAUCAACUGAGUUCUCAUUGUUUUCAAACAAUUUUUGUGUCAAGUAAUGAAUGCGUAAAAUGUGUGGCUGAACAUACAUGUGAGUUUAGAACUCAUAUCUCGAUAGUUAUGAACAUGUUUUCUAAAAAUAGGAACAUUGAGUUAGGGCUUCAACUUGGCCCUCCACAACGGAAAUAAGAUAUUUUUUUAGUUUCUCUAUUUGUGGUGACGAACCAAUGACCAGUGAACAAGCUGCGUAUUGAUUCCCAUAGCUCACAAGAAGUUUACUGCUCUUAAAUUAUACUUGCAAUACUUUUAAAAGAUUAAAAUUUCAACACAAAUACUGCAGUAGUGUCUUGGGGAGAUAGUCUGCUAUGCAAUAAUGGAGGAAAAAAAAGCAAAAGUGAAAGUGAGGGUGUGUGAGUGUGGAUGCCUUGGCUGUGGAAGCUUCUGAAACAUGAUGCUUGUGUAAAUAAUAUGUAAAAAUCUCAUGAUGCACUUCUGUUGAGAAAGCACUGUACGAGCAUUAGAUUGAGGAAGCACUAUUCAUCACAGGCCUGUCUUUUAACCGCUGACAAUGCAAAACGUAUCGUAUUCAUACCUAACAGUAAAACCUCACGAUUUGCAUUUUUAAUAAAAUAUCAUGUUGCAAAAUGCUUGUACUUUCCGGGUGAGGUAAAGAAAGGUGGGUUUUUUAUGGAUGAAGUCCCUGCUUUCUCAUUUUGUUUUGUUUGUAAACCAGGAUGAUAUCAUUUCAUUGAUGUGAUGUGGUUUGAUGUUGUCUUUCUCUUGCUUCCUAUGCAGACAAAGUAAGAAAUAUAAUAUAGUGUCUGGAUUUCUAACAGACAAAAUGUUGAUAAAUUCUUUCAAUAUUAUUGUCAGAACAAUGCAUAUAUAGUAAAUUUUAAUGCAGAGUACUGAUGUCAAGUAUUCCUGCGCAUGAUCCUGAUCAUGUUCUACACUUUCAUAAAAUGUUUUUAUUGUGAUUAUACCUCAGUCUAUGCUAAAUGCCAACUUGUUCUCAUUUUGUUUUCCUUCAGCAGUAUUCCGCCCAAGCUGUAAUUUUGUUAAAGAUCUAUGGCUUUUUUUGAAAGUUGUGAUAAUGUCAUCACUUUUUUUUAAAGUUUUCUUUUAUUCUUUAAAAUAUAUUUUUUUGGUUAAUAUCACACUUUGAACCCUUAUGGGAAUUAUAUGUAUUUAUUAUAUAUAUAUAUACAUAUAAAUGAUACAACUUAUGUAUGAUCUUAGAUAAUCUAUAAAAAGUCUCAGGAAUUUUACUUCCAGUGCUAUCUUAAAAAUGCAGUUCUCAUAGGUAUUUCAGAUGUUAUCCCUGUAUAACAUUUACUAUUACCAUUGUCUCUGUUAUGAAAUUCUAUUGUAAUGUCAUUGUACCUCACUGGGGCAUUUUCUAUCUGAGAAGAAUCCUGAAUAUAAUCCAAAAUUUUGAGUCUUCACUUCUGGAACGGAAGACAGUUUUUUAAAAAAAGCAGUUUUGGGACUAAACACCCCCCCCCCCCCCCCCCCCAAACUCUUGAAAUUUAGAAAGCACAAAUUGAGUUAUGGCGCUGGUGUCUAAGUUGCAUCAGGGAAACCUAUUUUUCCAAUAGUGAAGACUUUCGAACAUUGAGACUAAUUAAGCAUUAAUUUGAACUUUAAUAAUGAUUUUUUUUUUUGCAAAUGAAAAACACCCAAGACAAAGUUGAAGUCUAUACUUGUUGUGACUGCUCACAAAUGAUGGUACACUUUUUAUACAGUUUAUUUUGUUUUCCUGCCAGUAUUCGACGACACGUAUUACGUUGCUGCCAUCAUUACAAUGUUUUGUGUGUGUGUAUUGUUUUAUAUUCUCUUUGCUAACAAGAUUGCCCAGGUGAUGAACUGAACUGCUGAUUAUAUCACAUUUUUUAAAGUUUUAUUUAUUAUAUAUAUUAUUGUUUUUCUACCAGUGAGUUUAUAUCAUUUACUUCUUUUUCGACCAUGUGAUACUAGGGAUUUGUGUACGUUAUUUGAUACUUUAAGAUGUGUUUGAUCACUUUCAGAACAUUUUUUAAAGCUUAACCUCUCAAAUAGUUUUGAAAAUUUCUUGUCAAAUAUUAACAUCUUGACAUCAGUGUUGAAUAGAAAUACUAUAAUCCACAAAUUGUGUUAAUAGAUAAGCAUAUACAUGAAAUGUAGAGAAUUUUGUGAACAUCUUCCAGAACAAACUUCUAUUCCAAAAUUAUUGCCAGUAUUGCAUGCAAGGCUGGAAAGACAAGUCCAUUUUUUAAAAAGUUUAUUUAUAUUUAUAACAACCUAACAUAGAUUAGAAACUGACCCCUCUAUACCUAUUUUAGUGAAAAGUACAUUUGAGUAUUCAUCUCAAUCUGCCUGAAGAACCAAAGCUUAUGAGAUCUAGUUGUUUGGUGAGUAAGUGAAAACACAAGCCAUGACAAUCUAAUAAUGUCUCACUCUUUCCACACUUUUUAUGCAUGUAUAGCAAUAUGUGGUAUUGGGCCUGCUGUGUUAGUUUUAUCACUGGAAUCAUUAGCAAGUUAUAGUUAUUCCUCUCCUGAGGGCUGGAUGCCAUGCAUUUCGCUUUCGUUCAUCUUCCAUGGGCCACUUCAUUAUGAGAGGUCGUCAUUGUUUAUUCAAACAGUUUUGACUUUUUCCUUGAAUCGUUCCUUUACUGAUCUUCUGACAGUGUCAUCUUAUAUCUGCUGACUCUGUCUGAAACUUUCAAGACUUGCCGUACCACAACUGAAAUUAAGUAAACUAUCCCUUUAAAUUUAAAGAAGAAAAAUACACCUUUUUAACUUUUACACUGUAUAGUGUUACUAUGUUGCCUCUUUUUUCUUUUGUUAGUAUAUUAUAUUCACUCUGCUUGCCAUCAUUUUUAGGCUCUCUUAUAUGAAAUGCUUAUCAUUUGUUUGACUUUUGAAUUUCAGAAGACCUGCUCAUCACAUUUAAUGUAUUCCGGUAGAAGUGUGAAAGCGUAUCUUCACUUCUCACUCUUUCAAAAGCUUCUUAAAUAAAUACUGACCUGGAAGGGUUUAUUGAAA